AACCCAAAGCACUCAGCUCCACACGGACGCAGAGACCAACACCAACUCCAGCGAGCGCAACACAGCAGCCAGGGACAAGCCGACGAACGGGGCUCUCGUGCACAACUAGUCUUUGUUUAGCCCUAGUACUACCAGCUCUCUCGAGCCUCGAGAUCGCAGGUUGCCUGCCUUUGAUCGAUCGAGGCCGUGGCCAUGGCGCCCGUGAACGCCGCGGAGCCCGGCGCCAGCGGCGGCCUGACCCUGAACCCGGCGGCGGCGCGGCGGGCGCCCACGUCCGCGCCGUGCGCGACGCCCAGGUCGCCGCCGCCGGCGUACGGGAGCAUCGUCACCGUGCUCAGCAUCGACGGCGGCGGCGUGCGCGGGAUCAUCCCGGGCACCAUCCUCGCCUUCCUCGAGGCCAAGCUGCAGGAGCUGGACGGGCCGGGCGCGAGGGUCGCGGACUACUUCGACGUCGUCGCCGGGACGAGCACCGGCGGGCUCGUCACCGCCAUGCUCACGGCGCCCGACAAGGAGGGCCGCCCGCUCUUCGCCGCCAAGGAGAUCAACGACUUCUACCUGAAGCACAGCCCCAAGAUCUUCCCGGCCAAAAGCGGCGGCCUUCUGGGUCUCGUCAAGAGCGUCGCUCUGGGGCCCAAGUACGACGGCAAGUACCUCCGCUCCAUCGUCCGGGAGCUCCUCGGCGACACCAAGGUCAGCCAGGCGCUCCAGAACAUCGUCAUCCCGACCUUCGACAUCAAGCUCCUCCAGCCAACCAUCUUCUCCAGAUACGACGCCGUGAAGGAUGUCUCCAAGGACGCUCUGCUCUCCGACGUGUGCAUCGGCACCUCCGCCGCGCCGACCUACCUCCCGGGGCACCAGUUCGAGACCAAGGACAAGGACGGCAAGCCCAGGGCCUUCAACCUCAUCGAUGGCGGCGUCGCCGCAAACAAUCCGACGCUGCUGGCGAUGACCCACGUGAGCAAGCAGAUCCUGCUGGGCAACCAGGACUUCUUCCCCAUCAAGCCGGCGGACUACGGCAAGUUCCUGGUGCUGUCGCUGGGCACCGGCUCCGCCAAGGUGGAGGAGAAGUUCGACGCCGUGGAGUCCAGCAAGUGGGGGCUCCUGGGGUGGCUCUACAACAAGGGCACGACGCCGAUCAUCGACAGCUUCAGCCAGGCCAGCGCGGACCUCGUCGACAUCCACGCCUCCGUGCUCUUCCAGGCGCUGCGCUCCGACGACAGGUACCUCCGGAUCCAGGACGACGAGCUCAAGGGCGACACCUCCUCCGUCGACGUCUCCACCAAGGAGAACCUGAACCGCCUCGUCGACGUCGGCAACGCGCUGCUGAAGAAGCCCGUGGGCAAGAUGAACGUCGAGACAGGCAGGAACGAGCCCGACGGGAGCAGGGGGACCAACGAGCAGGAGCUCACCCGUUUCGCCGAGAUGCUGGUGGAGGAGCGCCGGGCCAGGCUCCAGAAGAAAGGCAACAGAUCGGAGUAAACAUGGAUAUGAUAGGCCGGGGUACUUGUGUCAACUUAGUUGUGUGAGUAGGCAAUAUAAACAUGAAUAGUACAUGCAGCCUAAGCAUGCUCUGUAAUAAUUCAUUCAUUUAUUCAUGUUCUUUGUAGAGACUUUCAAUAGGUGUCUGCAAAUGCAAUACAUGUAAUACGCAAUAAACUUAAUUAUGCA